AUUUACUACAACAUCACCAUGGAGGCAUGGACGAUGUAUCCUUUUCUCCUCCAAUCUAGCAGGACAUAGUACGCCCCCACCUCCUCCUAACUAACCACGCACGAUAGUAAGGUGACAAUUACCCUGCCCCAUUCAUCCAUCAGUACCUGGCCCAUUUGCCUCAGCAUGCGAAACCUAUCACUUGUAUACAUUUGGCACUCCUCCUUUGAGCGACAUGAGCACCAGACCUUCUUCUUGCCCUCUCUAUUCCCUACCAUUCUCUCUCCCUACUUAUGCUGCCCUCCUCCUUAAUUUCAUGAUAUUAAGGGGGUUCCUCUUCCUCCCAUCCCAGCAGCUACUAACUGCCGCUAGACCAUCUGAGAGACCAGUGAGACACUGGUUUUGUAAUUCGAGGGAGCUAGAGAGUCGAGGAAGUUCUGUACGUACCUUUCUCGAUCCACCUGGUUCUGGUUGCAUGGGUGGCGGCGGCAGCGAAGGCAGUGGCGGAGGCGGCGGGGCGAGUGUGCGGGAGACUCGUGACUUUGCCAAUGUUGCGUCGUUCUCGGAGUUGCCUUUCCUGCGGUCCGCCCCUCCACGCGAAAGCUCAAACUCUGGCAUCCGUCUCUUCGGCAUUGAUGUCCCGCCUGCAUCACCUGAGGGCAGAACGAAGGAAGCUGCCGCUGUAGGCGGCAGCGCCACCUCUGCUGCCGCCACACAAAGCAGCAGUGGCACUGCCAUCGCGGCUAAUGCUGCCCCCGACAGCAACCGCAAGUUUGAGUGUCACUACUGCUGCAGGCACUUCCCGACGUCGCAGGCGCUCGGGGGACACCAGAACGCGCACAAGCGCGAGAGGCAGCAUGCGAAGCGAGUGCAGAUGCAGUCAGCGAUGGCCGCCGCGGCGGCUGCUGCUGGCGGCGUGCACCACCACCACCUCCUCGGCUACCCGCAGCACCGCUUCGGGGCCACAUUGUACCCGUCGUGGCCCACGGUGAAUGGCGGCAGCAGCGCUGGCUUCUCCUAUGGGCAGCAGUUCUACAGAGGCAUCGGUUCAGUCGGCCAGCCGAUCAACGGGAACCCUCUGCCUGGGGCGCUCUGGAGGGGGCCAGUGGCUUCACAUGGGAACACGGGCAUGCCAUUGGCCGGAGAGCGGCGGCCGGUGGCGCUGUCCAUGUUUGGAGGAGACGAGCCAAGAGCUUCUGCUUCUCUUGGGGCGCCCUCCUCCUCUUCUUCGUCCUCUUUGGUGCUGUCCCCGCAAGGUCAGUUUACUUGUGAGCAGCCAGCGACCACCGCGGCACCCGAGGGUGUGAGCUUAGAUUUGCAUCUAUAAGUGCCUUCUCCGAUGUUUUCAGUGGAUUUAUUGUUACUCCAAGAACUGAUUUCCCAGCCUUCUUCUUUGCCUCAAAUUACCCUUUGCUGAAUUCAGAUCGUACCUGAGAUUGCCUUUUUCCGUGGGCACGUGUGAGAUAUAUGUCCGUUCAUGAAAGCUUCGAUCCCCUGCGUUUGCA